AUGGUCGCUACUGAAAUCCCCAAGCACUACACUGCGUCGCCGUCCUCGCACUUCGGCACGCCACACUUGACCAUCAACAAGGAGGCCACCGUCGACCUCGACUCCACCAACUCCUUCGAGGGUCCUGAGAAGCUCCUGGAAGUAUGGUUCAGCUCUUCUGCCACCGACCUGCCUGGUCAGGCCGGCCCGCUUGGCCUCAAGAAGGUGUCCGCUGAGGUUUGGAAGGAGAUGCUCGACCUCGUCAACUGCAAGGUUCUGUCCGUCAUCGAGUCUGAGCAUGUCGAUGCCUACCUGCUCUCCGAGUCGAGCAUGUUCGUCUUCCCACACAAGGUUGUGCUAAAGACCUGCGGUACUACCACUCUCCUCUGGGGUCUCACUCGUCUCUUGGAGAUUGCUGCUGUCAAUGCAGGCUUCCCUUACGUCGAGCCUCAGCCUGGUACCGGGUUCGCAGCUACGGCGACGCCCUACCGUGUCUUCUACAGCAGGAAGAACUUCCUCCACCCUGAGGCGCAGCAGGGACCUCACCGUAGCUGGCGCGACGAAGUCCGCUUCCUGGACCAGCGUUUCGAGGGCGGCAGUGCCUACAUGAUCGGCAAGAUGAACGGAGAGCACUGGUACCUUUACAUCACCGGUCCUGACACGACUUUGACACCGCCUCCCAGCCCCGGCUCCAAGGAGAUUGAGCGCCUCGAGACCGAGACCAAGUUCGUGAAGCUCCCUGAGCGCAUGCUGCCCGAGAUGAACACCGAUGAAGAGGAGGACGAGACUCUGGAGAUACUCAUGACUGACCUCGAUGAGAAGAACGCCCGUCAGUUCUAUCUCGAGGACGCGAGUGCGGUCGCGGAAGGUCGCUAUGUCCAGAGGGCUCGUGAGGCCCGCAAGAAUGCCAUCCAGUCCCUUGGCUCCAUCCCCGAGGGCGAGUGCGAGAGCCUCGGUGGCUCUACGGUUCUCAACUCUACCGCCACUACCCACAUCUCUGAUGAGAGUUUCGAUGUCUUCGAGCAGACUUCCUCCGACCACUCUGGCUUCAACUCGGACGAGGAGCUUACGUUCCCGGAGGAGUUGACCACCGAGGGCCACACGCUCGGCACUGUCGUUUCUGAGCACUGUGGUCUGGCUGACGUCUACCCUACCUCGAAGUACCCGGACGCUCGCAUCGACGCCUACCUGUUCACGCCCUGCGGCUUCUCUGCAAACGGCGUCGUGCCUGCUCCAGGCGGCGCGCCCAACGGAUCAAAGAAGGGCUCCGAUGCCACCCACUACUUCACCGUCCACGUCACUCCCGAGCCUCACUGCUCCUACGCCUCGUUCGAGACCAACGUCCCCGCUCGUCAGAGCGGUCGUGAGACGGCCGAUGUUAUUGAGCAUGUCAUCGGCAUCUUCAAGCCCGGACGCUUUAGCAUCACUCUCUUCGAGGCCAAGCCUUCUCCUGACGAGCUGCCUGGAAAGAACGUCGGGAAGAGCAAGCGCGUCGAGACGAUCCCCGGCUACCGCCGUGUCGAUCGUAUUGUGCACGAUCUCGAGGGCUACGAUCUUGUAUUCAGGUACUACGAGAGGGACGACUGGAAGGGCGGCAAGCCUAGGUUGGGCGAGGUCUGCUAG